GAAGCUCACCUUCUCCUGCUCAAACUGCUGACAAAUGUUUCUGCUUCUCUAAAGUCUGGUCUCCAGAACUUCCUAAAAACUCUCAAAGUCUCUUCUGCUGCAGGUUGCUUUGUAGAACUGUUCCAGAAAACCUCACUAAACCACAUGGAGGGGCCUCAAGAUAGUCGUCCAAAUGAAACCAUACAAAAACCAAACUAGUACAACCCAAACGCUAAAGUCUCCUGCAGCCUACCAGAGAACCUCUGAGAACAGAGAAUCAGGACAGGAACUCUUACCUUCUGGACAACCAACAUUGGUUCUCAAACAAGAAUACAGAAUGUGUCUGACCAAAAACCUCUAAAGACUCACUACAGCCAAGAUAAAGACACAACUCAGCUGGACCAAAUCCACUAAUCACUGCACACAUUAGCACCAUGUGCGAACUGUGGCUAAAGAACCACAUUUACCAAGACAACUAUCCAGUACAAAGCCCUAAAACACACCAAGAAACACAUUAAAGAUGAUUUUACUGCUGGAAGCUGCAAGCCAACGCCUAAAGAACAAACUAAAGCAAUGGAGCUAAACCCAGUUCACUGGUGGAGAGAAGCAGAGGAAAUGUUUGUCUGCAGCUAAAUAAAGCAGGAAGACACUGAGCUGCUCAGGUGUUCCUGAUAACACCAAGCAGCCACCUGGACAGCCAAUAGGAACACAGCCACCUGGACAGCCAAUAGGAACACAGCUUACUGGGAGUCCAGAGGGCUGGAAAUGUUCAUACAGCGUGGCUAUCCAGCGGUGUGACCUCUCACCUUUGAACCCUGAUUUGAAUUCUCUCCACCUGUACAACCCUCAAACACUCUUCUGAUGUGUUAAGCAACUUUGCAGAACAGUUUGAUGGAGAGCUGGUCGGAUGACAGCUGGAACUGUUGUCAUAACCGGAGGAAUACUGGCCACAGUGAUACUUCUGUGUAUCAUAGCUGUGCUCUGUUACUGUAGACUCCAGUACUACUGCUGUAAGAAGAAUGGGUCUGACAGCGGCUCCAUCUCUCAGCAACACUUCGCCUGCAAUGCCUGCAGUGUCUCUGGCCUGGACGGAUCGAUCAUCACCCCACUGUCCCUGUCGCCGCCAGAGCCGCCCAAAUCCUCCAACCCCACCAAAACCUCCGGGGGGCGUCGCAGCUACUGCCCCAGCUGCUCGCCCUACGACUCCCCCUUCUACAUCCGCACCACCGAUGAGAUGCGCAACGGUGGCGAGCGCAUCACCUACAUGCCCACACACUAUGACAACCAGGCGCUGGCGAUGCCACUGCCCGCUGUCCGAGGCUCCCUGCUGAGGGACACCCAGCGAGGGAGGCCUCCUGAUUUCUACACCAACACCCGAGCCAUCAGCACCGAGGUGUGAGCACCCCAUCACCCUUACACACAGACACACACCAGCACCCACCAUCAACACAACAAUAAUUUGGACUCCUAUUGCAGCUGCCAGUGAGGAUCUGCUGGAUGAAGGCUCACUGUUUUUGGAGGUUAAAUUAUCACGUUUAUUUAGGGGUUUUGAAUGUUUUAACUGAGAACUGUCUUGGCCAAUUGUGGUAAGUGGCAAGAAGGGGCCCCUUUCAAACCCAGUUCCCCACUUCAUACCCAUAAAUUUUAACUUUCCAUGUUCACAAGUAUACUGAUAAUUUUGUGAUUGAUAGUAGAUGUUAAACUGUCUGUAGGAAAACUUCCCUUUAUCCUCCCGCACGAAGGGUUUGGUUAUACACUGUUGACUGUUACUGUGUCUUUCCUGACUGAGGGCUAUUUUAGAUCAUCAUUUUUCCAAGCUCCAUAUCUUCCCAGUGACUGCCAAAAAUGAUGAAGUAUGUAGCAAAUAUGAAGCAAUUUUGACAUGCUAAGCAGAAUGAAAUGUAUCUGAAAACAGUGGCAAAGGAAAAGUCAACAUCUCCUGUGUAGUUUUGUGGAUCUCUGCAUAAAACGAGGAGGAGGGCGGACGAUUGAAGAUUUCUCUAUGCAAGCUGUCUAGCAAACUACCGCGGCUCUUCAUCUCCAGCCAUCUUCUUUCAGCAGUCUUCAUCUCCUCAACUCUCCCGGGGGAAUUCUGUGUGCACUGUAGUGAUAUAUUGUGAUGCUGCACAUGUAGAUAGACUUACAAGCAUUUAAAUCUGGAUCGUGGAUACGGCAGUUGAAAACCCCGCGGGCUCAUAGGUCCAGCUCUAAACCUCUUGUUUCUCCCCUGAUGUGGAAACCUGUGAACAAGCAAGGAUGCCUGAACCUUUGAAUGCAACACAGCGGUAAGCUUCGAAUGAACUGAGCGAAUUUCUCUUUACUGACAGAGAUGCAAAAAGUUUCAAAUGUAAAUAUUAACCGGAAAGCAAUGAACGCAUUUCUUGAUCCCAUCGUGUUCUUGGCAGAGAGAGAUGCACGCUGGGAUUUGAACUUGAUGCAUUUUGAAUGAGGGAGUGCCAUUUACUGGUUUGUGCUAUUUUGUCUGUACACUCCUUCUAUAUUCCUCUACUACUCUCAUGUUGAACCUUUGAAAUGCAAAUAACCAUGAAAUUUCCUCUCAUUCUUUUAUUUUUCACAUGGUGAGGAAGUCAAUGUACACAUUUAUGUGGUUGAAAAACUGUCUCACAGUGCUCAUUUUCUACCCAGCAUCGCUUGCCAUACACUAUAAUAUUUCCUGUGGUAACUGUCUUUAUAUUUCUGUGUACAGCAGGGUUCAGGUAAGCCGAAUAAACAGUGCAAGAAGCCUUUAGGACUUGCAGGGUGUGAUAAUGUUUGGAGAGUUUUGUGACAUUUUUGGAUAGUGCUGUCUUUCAAGCAUUUUUUCAGCAGUGCAUAAUUAGAACAAUUUUAUGAGCAACUGCUUCAUUUAUUUCUUGAUUAUUUUUUUUCCCAUCAAUGAAUUUCAUCAUUAAAUAGAUUCCAACUGCAGUGCCAUUACGCUGUGCAUCUUGAAACUUCUCAAAACCGCUUUAUGUCAGAAUUAGUUUUCUCUGGAUUAACUAACAUGAGCAAAUAAAUGUACAGAAGAUUGACAAAAUUAAAGUUUUUCGUUGAAGGUCAAUGUCUGAUCUGUAUUCAGUGAGAUAAAAACCUGUGUUUCUCCAUGUCACUGUCCACCAACACAGAUUUAUUGUCAUCAUUCAUUUAUUUAGCCAUUGUAUUUUAUUACUUAUUUAACCAAUUAACUUUGAAAACAUAACAAAAAAAGAUUUUUAGAAAUGUGGUUAAAACAGAAACUGUACACGAUAAAUACAGAAACAGUAAUAUUUAUUUGAUGGUGUUAACUUUUGACAAUUAAAGAUUUGUAACUGCUUGAA